AGAGGCAGAUGGGAACAUGGAGACAUUCAUUAUCUUUGGUGUCCUCCACAGUAUAGAGGAGCAAGAGAAGAGACACUCCCAAACUACUUCCCAUUGGCCAUAGGCAUUUCGGAGAUGGAAUUUAACGACUUGAAGGAAAGGCUGUUGCUGCAGGAGCCACAGAGGCAUUGGUUAUAAGGGCCCCUUCAAACUCCUGCCCUGAGCUUGUCUACAGGUGUCAGAGAGAGAAACAAUAGAGUGACAGAUUCUCAGGCUUUCAGAGGAGGGAGUCACAGUGAAUUGCAAAGCCAUGACUACUAGACUUCACUGGCUCACAAGAGCCCUCUGCUUGAUAGGCAUACUGUGCACUGUCAAUACCACAUAUGUGACAGAAGAUUCUCCAGCCCCCGCUGAGAAAGGAGUCACCUUCAGCCACAUCUAUAAGAUUGACCUGGCCAAGAGCCCUGACUGUAAACUGGCCAUGCAGACCCUCCCAUCCCAGCAGGACCAGGGAUCAGGUCUGCAAGAGCUGGAGGGGGGCCCUACUCUGGAGGAGGACAAAAACAUAGUCUUCAGGCACCAAAUCAACCUCAAGACCCCAAAGUGUGACUGUGAUGAGUCGGAGCGCUUCAAGUCUCUGCUGUACAGAGUCAACGGGUUGGAGGAGGAGGUGGAACACCUGAAGAGUCAGUGCUCCCAGGGCUGCUGUGGUGGCAAAGGUGGUGGAGCAGGAGGUGUGGACACUAGCUGUAGUGGCCACGGGAUCUACCAGCAUGACACCUGCAGCUGCCAAUGUAACCCUGGCUGGGAAGGCCCAGACUGCUCCAUCUCCACCUGUCCUGAUGAGUGCAACGACAACGGGCGCUGUGUGGAUGGCAAGUGUGUGUGCCUUGCUGGCUACACGGGGAGCGAUUGCAGCCAGCCGAUGUGCCCAGGCGACUGCAACGAUAAGGGACACUGUGUGGACGGGAAGUGUGUGUGCUUCAGCCACUUCACCGGCGAAGACUGCAGCGAACAGAAAUGCAGUCCUGACUGCGUCCACGGCACCUGCGUAAACGGAAUGUGUAUCUGUGACGAGGGCUUCUUUGGGGAUGACUGCUCUACAGUGAUGGGCCCUAACGGCCUGCGUCUGGUCAGGGUGACUGAUGUCUCGCUGCUGGUGGAGUGGGAGGCGGUGAGAGCAGCAGAAUACUACAUCCUGACUUGGCACCCUGAGGGCAACGAGGCAGAGCUGGAGCGGGUCACCGUGCCCAACACAGAGACCUCCUACCUGAUCACCGGUCUCAGGCCGGGGGUCACCUACAUAGUGCAGGUGUACGCUGUCAUAAAGGAGAUCCAGAGCAAGGGGGACAGGAUAGAGGCGACCACAGUGGUGUCUGGUAUUGAUGGUAUCCGGGUAUUGGGCCAGACUGAGGACUCUAUCCAGGUGGACUGGCAGAACCCUGAAGCACCUCUGGACCACUUCAGACUGACCCAUGCUAACCCUGACGGGCAGGAAGAGGAGCAGAACGUACCCAUGAGUGCAGAGGCCAGGACUACCCACACCCUCAUAGGACUGCAACCUGGCACUGAGUACCUCAUCACAGUGCAAGGCAUCAAAGGGACCAUCGAGGGGAAAGCCUCCUUCGUCACCGGAGUCACAGAUCUUGACGCUCCUACUAACCUCUUGACCAAAGAAGUGACAGAGGACGAUGCUACCGUGGAAUGGCAGAAGGUACAAGCAGAGAUCGAUGGCUACGUGAUCAGUUACAGCUCUGCUGAGGGCUCCAGUGGGGAGAUCCCUGUGGGGGCAGACAGCAGCUCCUACAGGCUGACUGGGCUGAGGCCUGGAGUCAUCUACACAGUCUACAUCUGGGCUGUCAAGGGCUCCCGGGUCAGCAGGAAGAGCUCCACAGAAGCUGAGACAGAUCUAGAUGCUCCUGCUAACCUGUUGACCAGAGAAGUGACAGAGGACACAGCGACAGUAACAUGGGAUAAAGUCCAGGCUGAAAUCGACAGCUACGUGAUCAGCUACAGCUCUGCUGAGGGCUCCAGUGGGGAGAUCCCUGUGGGGGCAGACAGCAACUCCUACAGGCUGACUGGGCUGAGGCCUGGAGUCAUCUAUACAGUCUACAUCUGGGCUGUCAAGGGCUCCCGGGUCAGCAGGAAGAGCUCCACAGAAGCUGAGACAGAUCUAGAUGCUCCUGCUAACCUGUUGACCAGAGAAGUGACAGAGGACACAGCGACAGUAACAUGGGAUAAAGUCCAGGCUGAAAUCGACAGCUACGUGAUCAGCUACAGCUCUGCUGAGGGCUCCAGUGGGGAGAUCCCUGUGGGGGCAGACAGCAACUCCUACAGGCUGACUGGGCUGAGGCCUGGAGUCAUCUAUACAGUCUACAUCUGGGCUGUCAAGGGCUCCCGGGUCAGCAGGAAGAGCUCCACAGAAGCUGAGACAGAUCUAGAUGCUCCUGCUAACCUGUUGACCAGAGAAGUGACAGAGGACACAGCGACAGUAACAUGGGAUAAAGUCCAGGCUGAAAUCGACAGCUACGUGAUCAGCUACAGCUCUGCUGAGGGCUCCAGUGGGGAGAUCCCUGUGGGGGCAGACAGCAACUCCUACAGGCUGACUGGGCUGAGGCCUGGAGUCAUCUAUACAGUCUACAUCUGGGCUGUCAAGGGCUCCCGGGUCAGCAGGAAGAGCUCCACAGAAGCUGAGACAGAUCUAGAUGCUCCUGCUAACCUUUUGACCAGAGAAGUGACAGAGGACACAGCGACAGUAACAUGGGAUAAAGUCCAGGCUGAAAUCGACAGCUACGUGAUCAGCUACAGCUCUGCUGAGGGCUCCAGUGGGGAGAUCCCUGUGGGGGCAGACAGCAACUCCUACAGGCUGACUGGGCUGAGGCCUGGAGUCAUCUACACAGUCUACAUCUGGGCUGUCAAGGGCUCCCGGGUCAGCAGGAAGAGCUCCACUGUAGCUGAGACAGAUCUGGAUGCUCCUACUAACCUCUUGACCAGAGAAGUGACCGAGGAUACAGCCGAUGUGUCGUGGGACAGACCUCUAGCGGACAUCGACGGCUACAUGAUCAGCUACAGCUCUGCUGACGGCUCCAGUGGGGAGAUCCCUGUGGGGGCAGACAUCAACUCCUACAGGUUGACUGGGCUGAGACCUGGAGUCAUCUACAAAGUCUACAUCUGGGCUGUCAAGGGCUCCCGGGUCAGCAGGAAGAGCUCCAUUGUAGCUGAGACAGAUCUGGAUGCUCCUACUAACCUCUUGACCAGAGAAGUGACCGAGGAUACAGCCGAUGUGUCGUGGGACAGACCUCUAGCGGACAUUGACGGCUACGUGAUCAGCUACAGCUCUGCUGACGGCUCCAGUGGGGAGAUCCCUGUGGGGGCAGACAUCAGCUCCUACAGGUUGACUGGGCUGAGGCCUGGAGUCAUCUACACAGUCUACAUCUGGGCUGUCAAGGGCUCCCGUGUCAGCAGGAAGAGUUCCACACCAGCUGAGACAGAAAUUGAUGCGCCUAAGAACCUAAAAGCGUCAGAUGUUAAGCUGGAUGCUGCGACCCUGACCUGGACUGCUCCCUUAGCCAGAAUAGAUGGCUACAUCCUCACGUUCAGAGCUGAGGAUGGCACAUUGAAGACUUUGGAGAAGAAGCUGAGGACAGGAGAGAGCAGGUUUGCCAUGUCGGGCCUGGAGAUGGGAAAUAACUAUAUCGCUACCCUCCUCGCUUACAGAGGAGCAAAGAGGAGCAGAGUGAUAGAGAUCACAUUCAAAACAGUGGGUUUGUUGUACCCGUUCCCCAUGGACUGUACUCAGAUUAAGAUGAAUGGCAACAUGGCAAGUGGAAUCUACACCAUUUAUAUCAACAGUGAUCGCACCAAGCCCAUGGAAGUGUACUGUGACAUGGACACUGAUGGCGGUGGAUGGGUGGUGUUACAAAGACGCAACAAUGGACAGAUGGACUUCAUGAAGCGCUGGAGACCGUACAUGGCCGGCUUUGGGAACAUGACCGAUGAGUUCUGGCUCGGUCUGGACAAUAUAUAUGAGCUGACCAAUACUCCCACCCAGUAUGAGCUGCGAGUGGACCUGGGUGUGGGUUCAGAGAAGGCCUAUGCUGUCUAUGACAACUUCAAGAUAGCCCCGGCAAAGCAGAAGUUCAAGCUGACCAUUGGCAAAUACAGAGGAACAGCAGGUGAUGCCAUGAACUACCAUCAAGGUCGCCCUUUCUCUACUGUUGACAAUGACAAUGACAUUGCUCUUGGUAACUGCGCCCUUACUCAUCGUGGUGCUUGGUGGUACAAGAACUGUCACCUUGCCAACCUGAACGGCAAAUUCGGAGACAACCGACACAGCAUGGGUGUGAACUGGGAGCCAUGGAAGGGCCACCUGAUGUCUCUUGAUUUCACUGAGAUGAAGAUCCGGCCAGUGGGCGCCGCCAGGAAGAGGAGGUCACUUAGCAGCAGAACAGCUCCCAGAAAAUAGUCCCUCUGAUUUAACUAAAAUAUUCAAUGGGAACCUCGUUACAAACCAGGCAGACUAGCUAGAGCCUCAAAUCAGGAACUUCACUCUAUCUCAAGAUUACUGUACAACUUACCUUCUGUAACGUAUCACAUGGCUGUCUUUAUUUUGAAUAGGGGUCCCUUUUGUGAUAGCAAAUUCAUCAGGGACCCCCUAAUAAUUAGAACACAACUCGAGUGAGAUAAAAAUAGUAUACAAGGAGUUUUACUAUGACUUCGCAGUGCAUGGCCAGACGAACUAAGUCUCAGGCCCUGGGAAGGAACGUUAAACAUAAACAAUUUUUUAAAAUUACUUUGACAAUCCCUGAACUAGAUGACCCAAUGACACCAUGUCUUUAGGAUAGUUAUACCGCUCUUGUUCACAUUCAUAACAUAGCAUAGACCCUGACCCUCUCUUCUAAGGUUUUGUCCCCAGCCUACUCUGAGUUAGCUAGAUAUCACAUGUAUAGGAAAUAGAAUGGAUGAUAUGCUCCUCUGCUUGUAAGAUUGUAUUUUCAAAUGUGUAUUGUAGUUGUAUUAUAUUCAUGCCACACAUUCUCAGAGAAAUAAAGUCCCUUAAAAAAAGAGAUGCUUUUUAGCACUAGCAUCUACAGUAUGCCUGCAGUGAGUGAGAGUGUUUUUUGAAUGGGACAUGGCUUUGCACAGUGUUUAUCAAAUAGUUAAUCAACAAAUUCUAAUUCAUACUUGAAUGUUACAUGCUCACUCAAAUACUAAGAAGAGGAAUAAAGUGGAAUAUAUUUUAUUUCAUAAGCAUAUUUUCAUAUGCAGUUCUCUUUCCCAGAAAAAAGGUUAGACUUGCAGAAAUGGUUAGUUUUGCAGUUUCCUUUAGUUUUUUACCAUUCAUGUCACAUUGUGACAUGACUGCAGGGUUAACCCGAUCUUCAUACAGGAUAUUUUAAAAUGGUCCCUAUUUAUGUAAAUUUUGAAUUGACGACUAUGGUUUUCUCUUUGUCAGACGGUCUAGGGUAGCCUACACUUGAGUUGUGUAUCAUCUACCACAAAUUAAGCGCAGCAGGGUCAGACAGGGAACCCAAGUAUUGGCUCCAGUGAUGCAUCAGCUGAAAUCGCACCAAUCAUAUUCUACAAACACUUUCUACCUUAAUAUGGAGACCUAUUUAAGGUGAUCAGUUUACUCAUUCAUUCUCUGCUGCCUCUACUGCUGUUGGUCGUUCGAUACCAUGCGGUUGCAUUUCCUUGUAUACGCUGGUGUUCUUGGUGACAUGCUAAUGCUGUAACAUGCAUACUCGCCAUACAUGUCUGUGUUCUGCUAGCUAGAUAAUUAUUUGCUUAUGUUCUGUAGCCAGUGGCCAGUCGUCAUUUAGAGCCCCACCUUUUUUGAGCCCCACCUGUAAUUCUGGCAUUAAUUUGUGUCAGAUAUCCAUUUAGCAAACAAUGUGAAAAAAAUAUCCUUGAUUUAAUAAAGCAGCAUACAAA